AUGAACACGGAAAAGGAUUUUUCCCCUCUGACUCCUAACAUAGUCCGGGCUUUAAAUGACAAACUGUACGAGAAGAGGAAAGUGGCGGCUCUGGAAAUCGAGAAGCUGGUUCGGGAGUUUGUGGCUCAGAACAAUUCUACUCAGAUCAGGCAUGUGAUUCAGAUCCUGGCUUCAGAGUUUGCGCUUUCUCAGCAUCCCCACAGCCGGAAAGGGGGUCUCAUCGGACUGGCAGCUUGUUCCAUCGCCCUCGGUAAAGACUCAGGUCUGUAUCUGAAGGAGCUGAUCGAGCCUGUACUCACGUGUUUUAAUGACUCAGACAGCCGCUUGCGCUAUUAUGCAUGUGAGGCCCUCUAUAAUAUCGUCAAAGUGGCCAGAGGAGCAGUGCUGCCUCACUUCAACUUGCUGUUUGAUGGUCUCAGUAAGCUUGCUGCAGAUCCAGACCCCAAUGUCAAGAGCGGAUCUGAGCUCCUGGACAGACUGCUGAAAGACAUUGUGACUGAAAGUAACAAGUUUGACUUGGUGGCAUUUGUCCCCUUACUCAGAGAGAGGAUCUACUCCAAUAAUCAAUAUGCCCGUCAGUUCAUUAUUUCCUGGAUCCACGUUCUUGAGUCUGUGCCGGACAUCAACCUGCUGGACUACCUCCCUGAGAUCCUGGACGGGCUCUUCCAGAUCCUGGGAGACAACAGCAAGGAGAUUCGCAAGACUUGUGAGGUGGUGCUGGGAGAGUUCUUGAAAGAAAUCAAGAAAACACCCUCCAGUGUGAAGUUUGCGGAGAUGGCCAACAUUCUUGUCAUCCAUUGCCAAGUAGCAGAUGAAACCAAACUCCCAAACGACCUGAUCCAGCUGACAGCCAUGACCUGGAUGAGAGAGUUUAUUCAGCUCGCAGGCAGAGCGGUGCUCCCUUACUCCUCGGGCAUCCUCACCGCUGUGCUGCCUUGCCUUUCCUAUGAUGACAGAAAGAAAAAUACAAAAGAAGCAGCCAGUGCCUGUAAUCACAGUCUUAUGAAGCUGGUGACACCCGAGGACGAUGAGGAUGAGGAGGAAGAGAAAAGCGGAGGUGCCGGGUCACCGACGAAGGAUGACAGCCAGCAAAAGACGGAGGCAGACAGUAAUGAUAUGCUGAAUGCAUCACAAGAAUCAGUUGGUUUUAGUAACAUCAGCUUCUUCACCCCAGCAAGUGCUGACAGGCCUCAGGUGACUCUUGACCUGGAUGGUAUUGUCCAGGUGCUGGACCGGCAUCUCCACGACUCCUCCACUGGUAUGAUGACCCGCAUAGCUGUGCUCAAAUGGCUCUACCACCUCUACAUCAAAACACCUCGCAAAAUGUUCCGCCACACAGACAGCCUGUUCCCCAUGCUGUUGAAAACACUGUCUGACGAGUCCGAUGAAGUGAUACUCAAAGACCUGGAGGUGUUAGCUGAGAUAGCAUCAUCUCCCGCCGGCCAAACAGACCAAGUCGGCUCCUGCGACAGCACUGAUAACAAACUGGAGUUGAAGGUCCCAGAGAGUGCCAAGCCAGGACAGCAGCCCAAGACAGCAGACUCCUCCCCUUCCACUCCCAGUAUGAACUCCUAUUUUUACAAGUUCAUGAUCAACCUCCUGAAACGCUUCAGUCUGGAGAGGAAGCUUCUGGAGAACAGAGGAGCGUUCAUCAUCCGACAGCUCUGCCUGUUGCUUCAUGCAGAGAACAUCUUCCACUCCAUGGCUGACAUCUUGCUGAAGGAAGAAGAUCUCAAAUUUGCUUCAACAAUGGUUCAGACACUCAACACCAUCCUGCUCACCUCGGCGGAGCUUUUCCAGCUACGCAACCAGCUGAAGGACCUGCGCACCCAGGAGAGCUGUGUGUUGUUUUGCUGCCUGUAUCGCUCAUGGUGCCACAACCCUGUGGCCACCGUGUCGCUGUGUUUCCUCACCCAGAACUACAAACACGCCUAUGAUCUCAUCCAGAAGUUUGGAGAUCUGGAGGUGACUGUAGAUUUCUUAAUAGAGGUUGACAAGCUUGUGCAGCUCAUCGAAAGCCCGAUAUUCACUUACCUGCGCCUGCAGCUCCUGGAUGUGGAGAACAACCCUUACCUGAUAAAGGCGCUGUAUGGCCUGCUCAUGCUGCUGCCUCAGAGCCAGGCCUUCCAGCUCCUCUCUCAUCGCCUGCGGUGUGUCCCAAACCCGGAGCUCAUGAGGACUCUGGAUGAGUCCAAGUAUAUGGACUCUAAACAUCAAGUGGUCUCCAAGCGUGCCUCUCACAGUCAGAUAGAUUAUAAUGAGCUGCUCCAGCAUUUUGACCUUGUUCAGAGCAAACACCUGGAGGUGAGACAUCAACGGUCUGGACGGGCCUCUGAUCACCCAGACAGAAAGCUGUUGUAA